AUGGGGCAACUGUUGGGAAAUUCACCCCGCCUGGUACGGUCCUCGAUGGCCGUAUGGUGUCUAGUGUCGGUGCUGCUGCUGCAGCUAGUUCAGUCAGGAUUGGCGGUGGAAAAGCUGUGCUUUGAGGAGGAAAAGGUGCCAAAGUUGGUGGAAAAUAAAAGCGAAAUUAUAAAAUUUGGUGAUGGAACGUACUUUUGUAUGUUCUCAGAGAACACCAUACGCGUCCCGGUAAUGGUGGAAGCCUUGACGUGUUCUCUCGGGUAUGACGUGCGCAAGAAACCCACGUGUUGCGAAGGAUAUCACGUGGUAGGAACGGAGUGUGAGCCAACAUGUCGUGAACCUUGUGUUUUUGGCAAGUGUGUCGCACCGGAUACUUGUGACUGCUAUUCCGGCUACCGGAAAGUGCAUAAUUACCGUUGUGAACCGGUUUGUAUUCCAACGUGUCAAAAUGGGGAAUGCGUUGCGCCGAACGUGUGCUUCUGUGAUGAUGGGUUUGAAAGAGAUCCUGGAAGUGGUGUGUGUCGCCGGAAGUGCGAUCGUUCGUGCCGAUUUGGGCGAUGUGUCGAGGAUGUUUGUGAAUGCGAUGAAGGAUAUCGACCCGAUACGGCGGACGAAAAUGCCUGUGUGCCGCAGUGUGAUGAGGAGUGUCGACAUGGAGUUUGUGUGUUACCGAAUGUAUGCCAGUGCGAGGCAGGAUAUACCAUAUCCACGCAAUCAAACUUCUCCUGUGAACCUGUCUGCUCCGAGGGAUGUCUUAACGGAAACUGCAUCGGUCCGAAUGAAUGUGUCUGCAACGAAGGAUACGAGCUGGACGAGAGCAACCACUGCGUCCCGGUGUGUCUAAAACCAUGCCAAGGAGGUAGAUGUGUUGCCCCGGGAAAGUGCAGCUGUGGCGACGGUUAUAGUCCCGCCGGAGAUGACACAUCCGUGUGUGUGUCGGCCUGCUCUGAACCGUGCGUCAACGGAGACUGUGUGGCACCGAAUACUUGCGUGUGCCACCGGAACUACCGCGUCCGUGAUGAGGCAACGCCUCACGUUUGCGUUCCGGAUUGUCCGAAAGGUUGCGUGGCUGGCGUUUGCACUGGUCCUGGAGUUUGCGAGUGCGCCGAAGGGUUUCUCUACAAUGAAACCAUCGGAGUGUGCCAGCCACGGUGCGCGAACACUUGCGAGAAUGGUGUAUGUGUGGGGGGAGACCGAUGCCAGUGUCACGACGGUUAUCAGCUUGAUCCGACGACGGGUAGCAAAUGUGUACCGCUCUGUACGAAACCUUGCGUACACGGAAUCUGUGUCGCACCGGAUGUUUGUGAUUGUAAAAAAGGUUACGUCAAGAGUGAGAAGAGCAGGAAUGUUUGUGAACCGAAGUGUUCCAACGGUUGUUCCAAUGGUCUCUGCGUGGCGCCGGAUCACUGCCAAUGCUUGAAGGGUUACUAUGCCACCUCCAGCUCCAUCAACUCCAAGUCGUCCAUCUGCACGCCAUACUGUAGAAACAAGUGCGUCAACGCAUACUGCAUUCGGCCAGAUGUAUGCCAAUGCCUAGCCGGACACCGCUUCGUCGGCAAUAGCUCCAGCGUAUGUGAGCCAGUCUGCGAGGAGUCCCUGGUCGACUGCACCCACGGUCGCUGUACGCAACCCAACGUGUGUGAGUGCAACGAGGGCUACACGUUGGCCAUUCGGAAUGGCCGAAUGUUGUGCGAACCUGUGACUUGCCGGUCGCAGUGCGUCAACGGAUACUGCGUGGAGGAGGGCCGGUGCGAGUGUCACCCGGGGUACGCCCGUUCGGAGCAGUUCCCUUCGAUCUGCGAGCCAAGCUGUGAAGGUGGUUGCGCAAACGGGGCUUGUAUUGCGCCCGACACGUGCAUCUGCAAUGAGGGCUUCGCGCGACUUCCGGGAAGCGAUCGGUGUGAGCCAAGCUGUGAUCCGGCUGUGGUCGACUGCUACGAUGGGGUGUGUCUUGGAGGGAACCGAUGUCAGUGUGCGGAGGGAUACUAUCUGCGAGUUCCGGACAAUGGCGAUACGGCGAGAUGUGUGCCACUGUGCACCAACGGAUGCUCCAAUGGACGGUGUCUCGCGCCCGACGAGUGUCUUUGCGACGAUGGGUACGUGUAUAGGGAGGCAACGGAUCGCUGUGAGCCGGUGUGUGUUCCCGAAUGCAUCAACGGGCGGUGUGUGGCACCGAAUGUGUGCCAGUGUCUGGAAGGAUUUGUACCAACGGAGGACGAAACGCUGGAACAAUCGACAAGCGAGUGCUCUCCGUUCUGUGAUCCUAACGUGGUCAACUGUACGUUCGGGAUAUGCGGAGGUCCAAACUCGUGCCGGUGCUUCGACGACUACUACUCCACCAACGACGAGCGAGGGAUUCAGACAUGUGAACUCAUUCCGGAACCGGUCGUGUGUGAUGACGAUGUCAUCAUCUAUGAGGUAGCCAACACCACGAGCGAGUGUGUUUGCAAGGAACCAUCGCAGGAAAUUUGUCCUAAGCUCACCUGCCCCGAGGUACUACCGCGAGAGGAUGUCGCCUCAUGCAAUGUCACAUGCCCGCCACCACCUCCUCCUCCAACGCCCUGUCCUAAGGUGGUAUGUCCUACGGUUCCACCCACCAAACCCACCACCAAAGCACCUCCAACCGUACCGAUCACUUGCCCUCCGGUUACGCCGUGCCCGGAGACCGUUUGCCCGACCGAACCACCUCUAGUGUGCCCCACAACUCCUCCUUCCCUGCCUCCGCCGAUUGAGUGUGACGAACGCUUCGUGAACUGCAUGCACGGGGAUUGCAUCGAGAACAAUGUGUGCUCGUGUCACGAUGGCUAUCAGCUUGCGAUCAGCGACCCAGACUCGAUCGUCCACUGCCGGCCGGUUUGCAGUGAUGGAUGUGUCAAUGGUAUCUGCACGCAACCCAACGUGUGCCUCUGCCUGCCCGGCUACGCUGAAACACACGACGGUCGGUGUGAACCGUACUGCGAGGAGCCGUGCGGUCGAGGAGCGUACUGUGCUGAACCGAACGUGUGCCUUUGUGAGCGAGGAUUCGUCCUGGAGUCCGAUGGGGAAUGUCGCCGUCUAUGCGACCCGCCGUGCAUACGAGGCGAAUGUGUCGAUGGGUGGUGCUUCUGUGAUGAGGGGGCCAACCUACGGGAUGGACACAUUUGCGAGACAUCCGCCGAUAGGGACGAAGAUGGAAAUCCCUUCCGGAGUCGGUUCUCCGUCAGCGACGAUUAUGAUGCAGACGAGGAUGAAGAGUCCGAGGAUCAGAACAGUGCCCCGGUUGACUUCAACUGCCCGGAAGGUUUCCUUGCCAUACCGUCCAAGAGAGAAUGCAUCUGCGAAUCCGGUGUGAUCAGUUCCAAUGGCACUUGCAUUGCGCUGGAUACGAAACAGCGAGUACAGGUGUUGGCAUCAUCCAUGCCGUCAACUCCGGAGAUGAGCAAAGGGAAUGAAAGCACCGCACAACCAGAACAGAUUCAGAUGGCCGGUGUGCUGGAGUCGGUCGAGUCCAACCAUUGGAUCAUUGUUGCCGUGGCUGUGCUCGCCUUGGCCGUGCUAGUGAUCGGUUCCGUACUGCUGUACAAGUGUCUUAAAAAGAGUAACCCCGUGGAAACGUCCAUCCAUUAG